CGCGGCCCCGCCCCCUCGGAGCUGAAUUGGUGGCGUUCUCUUGGAACGCUCCGCACUACCGAGUUCGGGCAGAUACUGCGGAGUUCGCUCCUCAGUCCUCCCUUCAGUCCACCUCCCUCCGCCGCCGCGUCCCGUACCCUACCCCUCUUCUGAGCCAGCAACUUGCUGUCACCGGCACCAUGCCCUACCCAUACCCAGCACUGACUCCGGAGCAGAAGAAGGAGCUGUCUGAUAUCGCUCACCGCAUUGUGGCUCCGGGCAAGGGCAUCCUGGCUGCAGAUGAGUCCACUGGAAGCAUUGCCAAGCGGCUGCAGUCUAUCGGCACUGAAAACACCGAGGAGAACCGGCGCUUCUACCGCCAGUUGCUGCUGACUGCUGAUGACCGUGUGAAUCCUUGCAUUGGAGGGGUCAUCCUUUUCCAUGAGACGCUGUACCAGAAGGCGGAUGAUGGACGUCCCUUCCCCCAAGUUAUCAAAUCUAAGGGUGGUGUUGUGGGCAUCAAGGUAGACAAGGGUGUGGUGCCCCUGGCAGGAACUAAUGGAGAGACCACUACCCAAGGGCUAGAUGGGCUGUCCGAGCGUUGUGCUCAGUACAAGAAGGAUGGAGCUGAUUUUGCCAAGUGGCGCUGUGUGCUGAAGAUUGGGGAGCACACCCCCUCUGCCCUUGCUAUCAUGGAAAAUGCCAACGUUCUAGCCCGUUAUGCCAGCAUCUGCCAGCAGAAUGGCAUUGUGCCCAUUGUGGAGCCUGAAAUCCUCCCUGAUGGGGAUCAUGACUUGAAGCGCUGCCAAUAUGUAACUGAGAAGGUGCUGGCUGCUGUCUACAAGGCUCUGAGUGACCACCACAUUUACCUGGAGGGCACCUUGCUGAAACCCAACAUGGUCACCCCAGGCCAUGCUUGCACCCAGAAGUUUUCACAUGAGGAGAUUGCCAUGGCAACUGUUACAGCUCUGCGCCGCACAGUGCCCCCUGCUGUCCCUGGGGUCACUUUCCUGUCUGGAGGGCAGAGUGAGGAAGAGGCAUCCAUCAACCUCAAUGCCAUCAACAAGUGCCCUCUGCUGAAGCCAUGGGCCCUGACCUUCUCCUAUGGCCGAGCUCUGCAAGCUUCUGCCCUGAAGGCCUGGGGCGGGAAGAAGGAGAAUCUGAAGGCUGCCCAAGAGGAGUAUGUCAAACGAGCCCUGGCCAACAGCCUCGCUUGUCAAGGAAAGUACACCCCAAGUGGUCAGGCUGGGGCUGCAGCCAGUGAGUCCCUCUUCAUCUCUAAUCAUGCUUACUAAGCUGGGGUGGUCUAAGGCUGCCCCCUCCACCAACACUCCAGGCCCCUGCCUCCCCACGCACUCUUGAAGAGGGGCCUCAUGGGACUCCAGGCUUGUUCCCAUCACUCUUGCCGCCCUUGUGACUUUGGUGUGUGGUGUUGUCUGUGAACGCUGACUCCAUUACCCCUUCUAGCCCACUGCCAAUAAACAACUAUUUAAGGGGGA